GACAGGAGCCGCUCGCACUUGCGUCGUGGUGACCAUCAGGGCAAGAACUUGCAUCAGACUCGUUUAGACUAUGCCGCUGCAAUUGUGAAGGCAGUCGCAUGCGCGACUUCACUUGCAAACAAGGACUUCGCUCGACUUCAAAAGAUCAAGGAGUAUCAGAAGAUCGACGCGGACACCCUCAAAAAAUUAGAUGGUUCAAGAAUUCUCCCGCAAGUAGAUCAUCUGCCUGAGGUAUAA